CUCCUCCUCCGUCUCUCCGCCGCCACGGCUGCAACACCUUCUCCUUCACAAUCCAACAUUACCCUUACCCUAGAUGGCGGCGUCUUCCCUUGUCUGUUCAUGGAUAGUAGCGGCCUGCAUGUCUGUCUCUUGCCAAAAUCAACAACACUCCUCCCUCCUCUCCUCCAAACCACCAGGUUCAACCAACAUCAGAUGGGCUCGCAAACGCAGACUCUUAUCUAAAUGCAACAACGCCACCACAUCCAAUACCAUUGAGGCCUUCAUGUCCUCUUGUUUAUCUCCAUGCGAUCGAUACUACACCUCUCAUCCACUCUCACUUUCCUCCUCUGACUUUUUCGGCGCUGCUUCCCUUUUCCGAUCCACCAAUGUUCCCCUUGCUCGCAGGCGACGCCGUCCCACGCCCUCAGGUGAAGCAAUGGCUGUAGCCAUUCAACCUUCAAUGGAGACCGUGACGAAAAGGAAACCUCCAACAAAACAAAGGCGAGUGGUUGUGACAGGAAUGGGUGUGGAGACCCCAAUUGGUAACAAUCCAAACGAGUUCUAUAAUAAUUUGCUAGAAGGUGUCAGUGGCAUUAGUGAAAUUGAGGCAUUUGAUUGUUCCAACUAUCCAACUAGAAUUGCUGGAGAGAUAAAAAAUUUCUCAACAAAUGGAUGGGUGGCACCAAAACUCUCUAAGAGGAUGGACAGGUUUAUGCUCUACAUGCUAACUGCUGGCAAGAAAGCUUUGGCAGAUGGUGGGAUAACUGAAGAUCAAAUGGAUGAGCUAGAUAAAUCUAGAUGUGGAGUUCUGAUUGGCUCUGCUAUGGGUGGUAUGAAGGUUUUCAAUGAUGCCAUAGAAGCAUUGAGGGUCUCAUAUAGGAAGAUGAAUCCUUUUUGCGUCCCCUUUGCAACUACUAAUAUGGGAUCUGCAAUGUUGGCCAUGGAUCUGGGAUGGAUGGGUCCAAACUAUUCUAUCUCUACGGCUUGUGCCACAAGCAACUUCUGUAUAUUGAAUGCAGCAAAUCACAUCAUCAGAGGUGAAGCUGAUGUGAUGCUUUGUGGUGGCUCAGAUGCUGUCAUAAUACCUAUAGGAUUGGGAGGCUUUGUGGCAUGUAGGGCUCUAUCUGAGAGGAACAAUGACCCUGUCAAAGCGUCUCGGCCAUGGGAUUCGGGCCGUGAUGGGUUUGUUAUGGGAGAAGGAGCUGGAGUCCUAUUGUUGGAAGAACUUGAGCAUGCUAAGAAAAGGGGUGCUAAAAUCUAUGCAGAGUUUCUGGGUGGAAGCUUCACUUGUGAUGCGUAUCAUAUGACAGAGCCUCAUCCUCAAGGUACUGGUGUCAUUUUAUGCAUAGAGAAGGCCUUAUCUCAGGCUGGGGUGGCCAGGGAAGAUGUGAACUACAUAAAUGCACAUGCUACAUCAACACCAGCUGGAGACCUUAAGGAAUACCAUGCUCUUCUUCAUUGUUUUGGCCAGAACCAAGAGUUGCGCGUGAACUCCACAAAAUCUAUGAUAGGUCACCUUCUAGGAGCAGCUGGUGCUGUUGAAGCUGUUGCAACUGUACAGGCAAUACGGACGGGUUGGAUUCAUCCAAAUAUUAAUCUUGAAAAUCCAGACGAAGGCGUGGACACAAAAGUGCUGGUGGGUCCAAAGAAAGAAAGGCUGGAUGUGAAGGUGGCCUUGUCUAAUUCAUUUGGAUUUGGGGGUCACAACUCAUCAAUAUUAUUUGCGCCUUUCCAAUAGUUGGUGCAGACUAGUUUGAGCAAACAAUAUGGAUGCAUGGUGUCUGUUUUAUUGCUAUGUUGAUGAAAACAAUGAAUGGUGGGAAAGAGAAACAGUGGAAGAUGAAGGAGAAUGAGCUAAUGUAAUUGUCACUCACUGCUCUUGUGUUUGGAUAGACCUUCACUUGACUGUUGCUUCCAUCUGUACUUUUGUCAAAGUAGAUGAAUGAAUAUAUUGUUGGAUUUUGGCCCAUCAUAUUAUUAUAAUAUUUUGUUGUUUUCAUCAUCUGUUUGCUACUUAUAAUAACUAAUGGUUUCUUAAUAGUCAUCCACAUGUAAGUUGUAACUCAUAAAAUAAAUACCACCUCUGAGCUCUUAUUUUCU